AUGCGCGGCGUCCUGGACGUGCUGUGCGAGUGCCACCGCCGCAGCUUCGCCUACGGGGACGUCAAGCCCGCCAACUUCCUGGUGUGCCCCGACUGUGACUCUGCCGGCGGCGUCUCCGUGCGCGCCGUCGACUUUGGCUGCAGCCGCCCCGUGCCCCUCACCCAGCCCUGCGGCAGCCCCCUGUUCAUGGCGCCCGAGAUGGCGGGGCGGCGCUUCGGCACGGCCGUCGACGUUUGGGCGGCCGGCGUGAUGCUGCACAUCCUGCUGGUCGGGCGGCCGCCCUUCUGGAGCAACAAGUCGGCCGAGGAGGCCGCGCGGCUGCCGGCCUACGCCAUAGUGGCCGCCACGCGCACGCACGACAUCAGCUACCCGCGGUCCGACUGGGGGCGCCUCAGCCGCGAGGCGCGGCAGCUGGUCGAGGCGAUGCUCACGCGGGACCCCGCGGCGCGCAUCACCGCAGGGGACGCGCUCGCGCACCCCUGGUUCGACCGCGCGCUGGGCUUCUCCCCGGCCCGCGCCGCCGCCGCCGCCACGGCCGCGCAGGCGGAGGGGGAGCGGGGCGCUGCCGCCGCCGCGGAGGCGGCCAUCGAUGGCGUCGUGACGUUUGGGCAGGCCCGCGUCGCGGCGGCGGCCUGCGCAUGA